AUGUUCCAUCCCACUUCUCUGGAGCCAAUAAAUAAAUCCGAAAUCUACCGUGCGCUAAAAAGCCGCGAUGCUAGCUGCGUGUCACGUCCGCCCCGAAUUCAGGCCGCGAUCCGCCCCCGGGCUCACCAGAUGUCCCGUGAAGCCCGCCGACGACAACAGCAGCGAAAAAGACAAGACGCAAUCCAGGCCCACGCCACCGGACUGCGCUCGCUCGCCCUUCAGGACCCCUGUCAAUCAAGCAAACAACGGAUGAUCCCGCCCACAUCAGGAAGCUCGGUCCGCCCCCGCCACUUCCAGGACUUUUGGCAGACAGUCACUAUAGCUCUACUCCUCGGUAACCUCUGCUUGGGAGAAAACAAGAAAGACUUCCAGGCUGCCUCCGUUCCCACUAUAGUCGACAAGCCAACUGAUUCUUCUUGUCACCCCGGGAAAACAUCCAGGGCAAAGGCCUGGCUCCACUGCAUCCGCGGACUCUUUGGUUUAGGGGUUGGGGGGGGGGGGGGGGGGGGGGGGGGGGGGGGGGGGGGGUUAUUCCAACUUUUGCAGGAGUUCCAGGAGCUUGUCAAGGCGAUGGGAGAACUUUCAGAAGUGCUGUAA